AUGAAGGAAUGCCUGCUCCUACUGCUCCUGGCUGUGUGCUCUGCCAAACCUUUUUUCAGCCCUUUAGAUACAACAUUAAAAAAUAUGAUGCUGAAGGAUAUGGAUGAUGAUGAUGAUGAUGACAAUGCAAACUCUGUCUUUCCAACAAGAGAACCAGCUGACCCCUUCUUCCCAUUUGAUAUGUUCCCGACAUGUCCCUUUGGAUGUCAGUGCUAUUCCAGAGUCGUCCACUGUUCUGAUCUAGGUUUGACCUCGGUUCCCAGAAACAUUCCAUUUGAUACUCGAAUGCUUGACCUUCAAAACAAUAAAAUCAAGGAAAUAAAAGAAAAUGAUUUUAAAGGACUCACUUCACUUUAUGGUUUGAUUCUGAAUAACAACAAGCUAACAAAGAUUCAUCCAAAAGCCUUCCUAACAACAAAGAAGCUGCGAAGACUUUAUCUGUCCCACAAUCAAUUAAGUGAAAUGCCACUUAAUCUUCCCAAGUCCUUAGCAGAACUCAGAAUUCAUGAUAAUAAAGUUAAGAAAAUACAAAAGAAUACAUUCAAAGGAAUGAAUGCUUUACAUGUUCUAGAAAUGAGUGCAAAUCCUCUUGAUAAUAAGGGGAUAGAACCAGGCGCAUUUGAAGGCGUGGAAGUGUUCCAUGUUAGAAUUGCAGAAGCAAAACUAACCUCCAUUCCUAAAGACCUACCAUCAACUUUACUGGAGCUUCAUUUAGAUGAUAAUAAAAUUUCAAAUGUGGAGCUGGAGGAUUUUAAACGCUACAAAGAACUGCAAAGGCUGGGCUUAGGAAAUAACAAAAUCGUAGAUAUAGAAAAUGGAAGUCUUGCCAAUAUUCCACGUGUUAGAGAAAUACAUUUGGAAAACAAUAAGCUUAAAAAAAUUCCUUCAGGCUUACAAGAGUUGAAAUAUCUCCAGAUAAUCUUCCUUCAUUCUAAUUCAAUAACAAAAGUGGGAUUGAAUGACUUCUGUCCAACUAUGCCAAAGAUGAAGAAAUCUUUAUAUAGUGCAAUAAGUUUAUUCAACAACCCAGUGAAGUACUGGGAUGUACAACCUGCAACAUUCCGUUGUGUUCUAAGCAGAAUGAGUGUUCAGCUUGGGAACUUUAGAAAGUAAUAAUCACUAGAGUCAAUUUAAUGUAAAAAAAAAAUCAUGUGAAGUAAAUGAACUCCAAAACUGACAUGGUAUUAUGCACAUACAUAAGUACAAAAAUUUAUUCCCAAAUUUUAA